GCAUUGCUAACCAGUAAACUCUGCGUGACUCAGUGCCUUGCAAUAUGCUUGUGGCGCCAAAGAAUUCAUAUGAGAGGUACUUAUUCAAAUUUUGCGAUCAAUCUUUGGACAAAAGUGACUUGCAACGAACGCACGGGUACUUGUGCACGCGGAAAACUACGUAGCACCAGUUAAAGCCACUUUUUGAUCGUUUUUACGUGUGUUGCUCGACUUAGUGCUGACAUAUAUGUUUGUCGAGAAACUUUACACCAGCAAAAAGAUACGUUUUGAGCGUUUGUUUUGUGCAAAGAUGUGAUACGAUUACAAACGGAAGGGAAUUAUCCAGCGGAUUUGAACAAUAAUUGUCUCUCAAUGGGAUGUCCACGUGGUCAGCAAUUAUAAACAACCACCUGUUGCAUGAUACGUGUGAAUACAUUAGUGCGGCCGGCUCUGGACAUGAAUGGGUCGCGAAUGAAUGAAUGUUACAAACCAAACCAAGACAACUAUAUCCUCGACUUUCUCGAACUCUCAGAAAGUUAAAAUAUAACCCACAAAGAAGUGGUCAUUGAAACUCAAAUAUGCUGAAAGAUUAUUAUUUUGAAGAUUUGGAGGUGUUGUCCCACACGGCUCGUGAAGUGUGGUUAGCAGAACAGUGCUCAGCCUUUGAAACACAAAUACAGAAAUUGUCACGUGAAAGAGAAAAGGACCAUUUUCUUGAGGAGCUCUAUCGCAAGCUGAAACAAGUGACGCGCCGUUGGCAGUUGUGGAAUCAUAAAUCUUUUGGAGGUGUUACUUCCAGGGGAUAUGUGUCUGAGUUGGCCUCUUGGGAGAGGAAUGUUCAACUUCGUGGAGUGUUGGUACCUAAAAGUCAAUCAAAUUUACGCGACUCCAACGUGCUUCCACGGUUUGAUGAACUCUGCGUUCAUUUCGAGAAUCUCCUCGAAAGUUUCAAACAAGGCAUCUAUCAGCCACUUUCUGACUUUUUUCAAAAUGAAAAAGUACUUUGUCAUCUUAAAAGUGUUCCCAGAGACUUAGAGAAACUUUUGAAUCAAUGGCAUCUUCUUCUUACGUCUGGUGUUAUCGACGAGAGGUUAUUCAGCCCGACUAGUGCCGAAGGACUUUACCCUAUAGGAAUACGAAACCGAUUACACGACUUUGAUCUCGUGUUACGACUUAUUCCCGACCUAACAGAAAAAGCUUACGAAGCGUUGCGACUCGCCCGUCGGUGGAGGUUGAUUGGAAAGACCUCUGCUGUCCAGCGAGAUGAAACUUACAUUAUUUCUAGAGAACAGACAGCUAGGUUGCAAAAGCGUCGCACAUCCAAAAGAUUGAAAAAAGUGAAUACUUUGGAAGAGGAAGUAGAGCAGUCUAAAGCACAGUGCCUCUCUCUUGAAGAGGAACUUAACAAGUCCAAUACUAAAUAUCAGGAAAUUGAGAAAGUGGUCACUGCUUACCGACAGCAAUGCAAUCAGCUGGAAAACGAGCUUGAUGUCGUGAAAAGAAGAUGUGAAUCGCUGAAAGAAAAGCUAGAAAACUCCAAAAAAGAAAAGCGAAGCACGGGUAAUGAGAUAGAGAGCUCUCAGGAGCAUUGUCGUGUCUUACAACAAGAACUAAACACUGCUAGACUCAAGUAUUGUACACAGAAAGUGAAAUUUAUUAAUACCAAGAAACGAUGCGUUCAACUGACAAAUCAACUGAAUGCAACCCGAGAACAGAUGACACAACUGGAAUGUGAACUAGAGGCGAGGAAGAAACAGUGCCAGGCACUACAAGUUAAACUGGAAAAUUCCAAGAAAAACAUUUUUACUCAAGGUAACAUGCUGGAUGUACUACAGAACCAGUGUUACAUGCUAAAAGAAGAGUUAGACGGAACAAAAUCCAAGUGUUUAAAGUUAACAUGUGAACUGGAGAAAUCUCAGGACAGAUGUUCUACUCUGGAGAGAAACAUGAACGGGUUAAAAGAGCAGUUCCAAACUCUAGAGAUCGAGCUUAGGAGAGCAAAGACACGAGAAGAACUGUUAGUUCAACAGAAUACACAGUUAAGAAAACUCUUUCAAGAUAACGGAUUACAAGAACCUAGCUUGUUAAAGGUCAAUUUACACACACCAGACACAGGCCCCACCUGACAAGCAAUCAGAAGAGACUGUGAUCAGUUGAGAUCAUUCUCAACUUUACAACUUGAUCCAAUUUCUUAAUAAAAGAGUUAUUCUCUUCAAAGGACAAUCGAUGUUUAAUAAAUCAAAAGCCGUAAUGGACGAAAUCCAUAUUUACAAAUUCAACCACGACAGACAUAGAUUCUCACAGUAAACUCAUAACCAGUCUCUGGAGACGUCGCUCACUUGCGAGCAGUCUUGGAUGUCUAUAGACACAGCAGCCACUGCUAAAUGAAUAGCCGCUAGAUUUUAUCUUCAACGGGACUAUCACUUCAAAAAUGUUUCUUGUGUUUUAUACAGCACCCAAAAAAAUUUGGUCUCGAAAUACAGAUUAUUGGGAGAGUAAAGAUAGCAUUCAAAAUUUUUCAAAAAAACACAUUUUAAUUUAAUAAGCUAGUGAGAUUAAUACACUGUACGCUGUAUGUCUUAAGUUAUCUAAAUAGUAGAUAUAAGAUUAGUUCUUAGGUAAUGUAUAUGGAUUGUAGAAUAUGGUAAGUUAAAUCGAAAUAUUUCAACCUUAUACAGUCUGUACUGAUAAGAGCUUUGGACAACCUCGGGCAAAUUAUUUAAAGAAUAGUAUUUUAAAAGACAUGUAUUGGACAAUA